AUGCUUUUUUUUUUUAUAUAUGCUUGGUGCCACUUGUCACAUACAAUUCUACAACCUUCGACAAAAAUCCAAAUGAUAGUAAGAUCAAAGCCAGAAAGCAAUGGAGAAAAAAAAUUAAUGAACCACGAUGAACCAAAUGAUCAAUACAACCAAAGAAACUACCCUAGUGAGGUGUAUGCUGACUUGGUAUCACACUUCAUGAAUUUUGCAUAUGGCAAAGUCCACGAAAGUGGGCUUCAGAAAAAAGGCGUGCGGUGUGUAGAUGUAUCAAUUAGUGGAUGCCAGUUUUGGAACGGGAUUCCACUUUCCGCAAGUUGGUGCACGUCGUUAGUGACAUAA